AUGUCUGACUUAGAGACGGAAGAUCUAGACAGUUCAAUAAAUAAUGGAAUUGUUGAAGGAGCUUACCCUGUCAAAUUAUCUCGGAAAACACAGGAAAAUAUUGAAUGUGUAGUAAACAUCGAUAUAUCAACACAGCAGCCUCUGAAAUUUGUUUCUGUUGAAACUAUUCUUGAGGAUUAUGAUCAUUUCAAGGAAAACUCUGACUUUUCUUCUGUUAUUCAGGUCAUAAAAACCUGCAAUCUGACUGAUGUUCUGCUUGUGCUUAAUCGUAUCCCUGGAAAUAUUAAUAAUUUUUUACUUUGCGCCACUCAGGAUGCGAUACAGGAAUACUUAAGGCGUGAAGAAGAUUCUGAAUCGGGCCUUUUGGAUUUAGUUUCUGAGUAUACCUAUAAACCACCAUCACCCAACCCAUGGCAGGGUUUGGGAAGUGACAAGGAAAUAGAAAAUGACUGGGUGAAAGAUUGUAGACCAAGGAUUCAUCUGAACAUAAAGUUAGCGUUGAGAAAGCCUGACUUUAAAUUCUCUGAUCGAGGAGUUGAAGAUGUUAAGGAUGGAUAUGUGAGUUGUGAGCCUUUUCAGGAUGCUACUAAAUGGAGUGAGGUUAGGUCAAUGGAGAGAGGAAUGCAAGCUGUUCCUAUUCUAAUGGAAAACGGAACUCAAACCCAUUUAACUCAUCCAAAGAGUGUUUACAUUCAAUAUGAAUCCAGAUCGUUUUCCGAUGAUGAAAUGAGGAAAGCUAUGUCAUCUGACAAAUUUAAAAGCUUUAUCACUAAAGCUGAAAAUCUAAUUGAGAUGGCUCAAUCAGAGGGAGAUAUAAUGGGAAAUAUACGUGAAGACGUAGAACAGUUUUAUCUGAGAGACCAUGUUGAGGAAAAGAUAGAAACUCAAAUGAUCGAAUUUCUUUCACUUUCCGAUCUGGUCUUCUCUAGGAAUAAAAGAGUAAAGGCAGUAGAGUGGCACAAACAUUUUAAUCAUAUCACCGCAAUGGCUUGCGUUGAUAAUUUAAGAUCAGGGCCAUUUGGAAGAAGUUAUGGAUAUUCAGUGGGUUCCAAAUUCGAUAAGAUAUGACCAAGAAAGUUCUUUUCCUAAAGAGUCCUCAGGUAUGGGAAAUUAUCCCCAGCAACUUAUGAGCUGUGCACGUGAAAACUAUAUUCUAGUUUGGCAGAUUGACAUCAAGCCCGUUGAAAGUGCUGAAACCUCAUUUAACUCUUCAACUCUAAAUAGAAGCGUGAAGGACCGCAGAGAAAGUUUUAAGUCUGAGUCUUCUAAGUAUAAGCAAGUGAUCGGACGCUACACGCACCUAGAGUUAAAAUGGAAACCAAUAUAUAAAUUGGGAUUUUUAAAACCAGACAGCGUUGAAGAAAGGUUUCAUCCAAUGUGUCUCCAGGCAUUUGCCAUUUUAGACAGACCUGAACAUGUAGAUUUGCAUAGUUUACAACCUGGAGGAAGUGUAGCAUCAUCAAGGAGAAGCAGUGUCAGCAAUGCUUCAUCUAAAGAUGAAAAGGUAAGCAAUUCGUCAAUGGAACAUCAUAAGAAUAAAGACAAGAGUUCGAAUCAACCUUUAAUCACAGCUGUUCCGACAUUUCUUCUUGCAGGCACCCUUCAGGGAGCUGUUUUCCGUGCUAAUGUUUCUGUUAACAAAAUAAAUUCAGAAACCGGAGAAUUAACUGUGAAUAUGCAAUGGUAUAAGGUUGUCCAUGACGGUCCUGUGAAUGCUGUAAGUAGGUCACCACAUUACUCUGAUUUGAUCUUAACAGUGGGAGGAAAUCUUUUGAUAAUCUGGAGAGAAACUGAGUUAAACCAACCCCUUAUUGUAAAGUCUAGUGAUCAGUUUGGGUUGACAAAAGGAUGUUGGUCUCUUUCUCGACCAAGCUUAGUGUAUACAUCUUGUGAGGAUGGCACCAUUCAAUGUUGGAGUAUGCUUGCAGGAGGGAACUCUCCAAUUCAUGAACAAAACAUCUCAGGAUAUACCAUUACCUGCAUUACAGGUUAUGAAGUUGUUGAAGAUGAAAAUCAAUAUUUAUCUACAGCUGAUACAACAGGAAGUGUUCGGCUUCUCAAAUUACCGCCAAAUCUUCAAGAUAUUGGGCUAACAGAACGGGAGGACACAGAGGAGUUUACUCAACGCGAAACAGAGAGGCUGAAAUUCAUGGAAGAAAGAGCAGGAAGUGAAGAGAAAAAGGAGAAAAUAAUUAUUAAAGAAAAGGAGAAAAAAGAGGAGGCAAGUUUGUAA